CGCAUAUAUUUGUGAUUCUCAUAUAGUAUGAUCUGUCGUUUGUGUUACCGUUUUUUCGUUUUUUGACAUGUCGAAACUCGCUGUUGUAUGGUGUUUGGUUUUCGCGUACACCGCCCAUUCGCAAUCUUGGGACAGGAACGACGACGAGCUGUGCAAAGUGAUCACCAAGACCAACGGCGAUUACACGUGUAAGCCAAUCGACCAAUGUCCGGUGGUCCUUCGUGCAGCUGAAAACCUUUCGGUGUAUCCAAAGAUAUGCAGGUUCCUUGGACGAACACCAAUUGUGUGUUGCCCGACUUCGCAAGAUGUCCUCAGUAGAAAUUCCACCGAAAUGUGCAGAAAAUACUAUUCGUUGACUACGAAAGGCGGUGGAACUAUUGAUGCUGGCAGUUGUCGAACGAAAAAUAAGAUCGACAAAAAUCUUCUUACCAUUGUUGGUGGGACCAAGGCAGAAGUAAUGGAAUUUCCUCAUAUGGUUCUUUUAGGAUUUGGAAAGAAAAUUAAAAAUGUUGAAUGGUCCUGUGGUGGAUCGUUGAUUAGUGAUCGUUAUGUGCUUUCAGCAGCUCAUUGUUCUGAAAUUGGAAAAAAAAGUCCAGUUAAAUGGGCUUUGCUAGGUGACAAUGACAUAGGUUCCAAUGAAGGUGAUGCCGACCCUCAAGUUCGCGAAAUUGUCCAGCGCAUCUUGCAUCCAAAUUACAAGCCUCCGUCGAUGUACAACGACAUCGGUCUGUACCGAUUAAACACACCAGUUCAAUUUAAUCGAUUUAUCUUACCGGUUUGCAUAAACUCCGAUGAACAAUUAACCACUAAACAAGCAAUUGCCAUUGGUUGGGGAAGAACUAGUUCAGCUGGACAAACGAGUAAUGUUUUAAUGAAAGUAUCACUAGAUUUUGUGGAACAAAAUGAAUGCAAUCGUAGCUAUUCGUCUUCUGCGAGUCCAAAUUUGGAAUUUGGAAUAAAUCCAAGCAGUCAAAUUUGCGCCGGAAAAAUGGAAGGUGGAAAAGAUACCUGUCAAGGCGAUUCAGGUGGACCGUUACAGAUUGCACAUCCUGAAUUUGAGUGUAUGUACACGCAAGUUGGUAUUACGUCGUUCGGGAGACUGUGUGGUGAACCUAAUGUUCCUGGCGUCUAUACGAAGGUGUCCAAUUACGUGUCUUGGAUCAAUAGCAUCGUUUGGCCGACCUCUCAAUGAAUGUUAUUAAUUUGCAAUUGC